AUGUCUGUUAAUCAAAGUAAUCAGACAUCUAUACCGAACCUAUUCAUUCAUCCAACCGUACUCUGGUGUUUAAUAAUGCCAGUGGUUCAUUUUUUAAGUUUAAUUUCCAAUACUCUUUGUAUUAUCAUAUUCUGUUCAAAAACCUUUGUACAUAAACCUAUCGCUAUCUAUUUCAUUUGUUUAUUAAUCAGUGAUUCGACCACAUUAUUGAUCGGUUACAGUGAAAUGCUCGAUCGAGAAGCGCACAUGAUGGAUAAGUCAUCAUUACUAUGCGCGUUCAAUGUUAAAAUAAUACAUCGUUUAACCGAUUGGAUUUAUUCAUUUAUGGGCAAGUUUUGCAUCGAAUGGAUGCUUUACAAAGUCUUGUGGACACGUGCAUCGACUAUUCUACUCGCAAUAUUAAGUAUUCAACGAUCUCGAACAUUUUUCUCGUUGUCCUACCGAGAGUCACGUUUCUGUGCACUAUUUGCAUGUCUGAUGAGUAUACUCAUUGCUUCAUUUGUGACCUGCUUUGAAUGGAUUGGAGUGCAGUGCAAUAAGUCAUCGGAUUCACACGUUUACUUGGAACUCUUUCAAAUAGUGAUGAGUCAAAAGACGUCGAAACAAUUGUAUUCGACUUAUCUGUUUAAUCAUUAUGACGAAUCCAUCGGAGAAUAUUCUUGCAUGAUGAAAUCAUUGAAAAUUUACCGGUUUAAUCAUUCAAUAGCAACAUCGAACGAGUCUCUUUGCUCGCCAACAGCGACCGCUGAUGAAUUUUAUCUAUUCACACAAUCAUUAUUGACUCAUCCGAAUGCGACGAUCGCUGAAAGUAUGAACAAUAUCCUCGCAGAUGCUUAUGAUGCUAAUUAUCAUCAUCGUCAACGAAGUACAUCAUUACUAGUGAAUCAAAUCGAACAAAUCGGAUCGUUAGAAAUGGUUAUAAAACUAUUUGAAAAGCGUACAUGUAACAUCACACUUUUUUAUUCUGUUUGCUUGAGAUUACUCAAUUUUCUCUAUUCAUUAUCAUUUGGUUUCAAUCGCCAUACGAUUGCUAUCUUUUUUGGCAAUGCCUUACCAUCCAUGCUUGUCUUCCUGGCCAAUUUAUUGUCUUUGAAAGUGAUUUAUUUUUCCGAAAGUUUGAAAUAUUUAAAGAAGACAACACAGAAAAAUCGCCGCAAACGUCGAUUGCAAAACGAUUUACGUGCAUUUCUUGUUAUCAUCAUCGAAAGCUUCUCUGUUAUAACCAUCUCAUGGUGUAUACCCAUAUUCUUAACAAUGUACUAUUGUCAAACGUUAUACGUCAUUUCUAUCACUGCAUGCCCACAAAUAAAACGAGCCCUAGCGUUCUUUCUCUUUCCGGAUUUGUUCAAUUCGUCGACAAACUGUUUGUUGUACUCAUUAUCUGGAAAAUUAUUUCGAAGGAAAUUCAUCGGUAUGAUUAAAGCGAUAUUUACAUGUGGUCGAGGACUAUUUUGGGGUGUCAGAAAACGUGCAGCUUUAUUGCCAACAAGUCACUUCGAAUUGCAAGCAUCGAACGAUCCGUCGGCAGCUUUCAAUAACGGAAUCUAUUCUCGAACAGACACCUGUCGACACUCGGAAUUCUUUUCGCCUGUUCACAUCAAUAAAUUAAAUAAUACAGCGAAGAAGAAGAAAGUUGUGGAAGACGAUGGAUCAUCAUGCACGGCGAAAAACAAUGAUGAAACAACUGGAAGUAAUGGAACGCAAGUAGAAUCUCCUCGAACAUCUCGUCGCCGCAGACAACCUCAGACAUUCAAGACAUUUCUGAUUGAUAAAGUACCAUUUCUACGAUCAAAUGCACCGAAAAAAAACCAAACUAUUGCACAGAAGCAACAGUUGAAGCUUACCCAGUCGUUCUCUUCCACAGGCACGAAUACCAGUAAUAAAGAUAGUUCCUCUCGGCCGAAAUCGACUCAACAACUUCAAUCAAGAACGAUUAUUUUGAUUAAUCCAUCCAAUAAUCAGUGCGUAAAAACUGACUGUUUAUUUCAAAAUGUGACUAGUUUGUGA